AUGAGUUUCAAACAGCAGUGUGUGCAACUCAAUGAUGGCCACCUCAUGCCACUACUGGGCUAUGGCACUUAUCAAAACCCAGAGGUUCCUGCAAGUAAGAUUUUUGAGUCUACUAAAAUAGCAAUAGAUACUGGGUUCCGCCAUAUUGAUUCUGCUUAUGUGUACAAAAAUGAAAAAGAAACAGGACAGGCCAUUCGAAGCAAGAUUGCAGAUGGUGUUGUGAAGAGAGAAGACAUAUUCCUCACUACAAAGCUUUGGUGUACAUUCCAUCGACCAGAACUGGUUCGAGUUGGCUUAGAAAGAUCACUGAAAAACUUUCAGCUAGAUUUUGUUGACCUCUAUCUUAUUCAUUACCCGAUAUCAAUUAAGCCAUCAGAGGAGCUAUAUACAAAAGAUGAAAAUGGAAAAGUGUCGUUUGAGAUGGUAGAUCUCUGUGCUGUAUGGGAGUCCAUGGAGAAGUGUAAAGAUGCAGGAUUGGCUAAGUCCAUCGGGGUGUCCAACUUUAACCGCAGACAGCUGGAGAUGAUCCUGAACAAGCCUGGGCUCAAGUACAAGCCUGUGUGCAACCAGGUAGAAUGUCACCCUUAUCUGAACCAGAGCAAGCUGCUGGAUUUCUGCAAGUCAAGAGACAUUAUUCUGGUUGCCUAUGCAGCCCUGGGGUCUCAACGUCCUAUAGCUUGGGUGGACCAGAAUGUUCCAUUUCUUUUGAAUGAUCCAGUUCUUUGUGGCAUGGCCAAAAAGCAUAAUCGAAGUCCAGCUCAGAUUGCCCUUCGAUACCACGUGCAGCGUGGGGUUGUUGCCCUGGCCCAUAGUUACGAACAGAGUGAGAUGAAAGAGAACAUUCAGGUAUUUGAAUUCCAGUUACCUUCAGAGGAUAUGGAAGUCCUAGAUGGCCUGAAUAGAAACUUCAGAUAUUUUCCCGUGGACAUUGCUGCCGAACACCCUAAUUUUCCAUUUUCCGAUGAAUAUUAA